AUGUCCGCUUCACCUUCUCCAAGCUUGUGGCUGGCUCCAAAUCCCAGCAAAAGAUGGGGCGAACUCUUCUUCCUCCUCUACACCCCUUUCUGGCUCUCCCUUUCUCUUGGCAUUGUUGUUCCUUACAAACUUUACGAGAAAUUCACUGAAUUGGAGUAUUUACUUCUUGGUUUGGUCUCUGCACUUCCUGCUUUCCUCAUUCCAAUGCUGCUUGUUGGUAAGGCGGAUAGAGGCAUAUCUUGGAACAACCGCUAUUGGGUCAAGGCCAGUCUCUGGAUAAUUAUCUUUAGUUAUGUUGGGAAUUAUUUCUGGACUCAUUACUUUUUCACAGUUCUGGGCGCAUCUUAUACCUUUCCAUCAUGGAAAAUGAACAAUGUACCACACACAACAUUCCUGCUCACUCAUGUUUGCUUUCUCUUUUAUCAUGUUGCAUCAAACAUGACACUACGUCGGUUACGACAUUUUCUGGCCGAUACCCCAGAAAAAAUACGGUGGGCUGCUGAAGCUGCAUGGAUUCUCACUCUUGCUUAUUUUAUAGCAUACCUGGAGACAUUGGCUAUUUCCAAUUUUCCUUAUUAUGAGUUUGUGGACCGAGAUUCUAUGUACAAGGUUGGAUCAUUGUUUUAUGCAAUCUACUUCAUUGUGAGCUUCCCAAUGUUUCUACGGAUUGAUGAAAAACCUGGCGAUAAAUGGGACUUGCCCAGAGUGGCUGUUGAUGCUUUGGGCGCUGCAAUGCUGGUCACAAUAAUACUUGAUCUGUGGCGCAUCUUUCUGGGUCCUAUUGUUCCGGUUUCAGGUGCAAAACAGUGUUCUCCAACAGGAUUACCUUGGUUUUCUGGACACGCCAAUCUCACAUAA